AAAUGACAAGUUCUCGUUUUGCUCAUUUCUAAGUUUCAGCUUGAAAUGGUGUUUAUAGCUGACUACUGAAAAGAUUAGUCACUUCAUAUAUCCAAUCUUCCGCUAUGGUUAGGUUUGCUGAUUCUACAAGUGUCCAGCAAUGGCUACUCUGACUGCAGCGCACAUCAACUCUGGAGUGACCUGCAACUCUGAUUCAUUCCCAUACCCCAAGAUUGGAACCAACAAGAGCUUACUUUCAAGUAAACAACAGUCCUCAUAUUUUGGGUUGAGAUCUGUGAAUAGAAUUGAUCUGCUAUACUUAAGAACCCAUUCAAAAGCGACAUGCAAGCAAGUGAGGAGGGUGUCUAAACAAGAGUAUGGAAGAAGAAAGGGGGUCAUCAUAUGUGGACAAGGAAUGAAUGUGGUCAUUAUUGCUGCAGAGAUGGGUCCAUGGAGCAAAACAGGAGGGCUUGGGGAUGUUACUGGAGGAUUGGCCCCUGCCUUAGCAGCAAAUGGUCACCGUGUUAUGGCAAUUGCUCCACGCUAUGAUCAGUACAAAGAUUCUUGGGAUACAAAUGUCUCGGUCACGCUUAAAAUUGGGGACCAAACGUUCACAAUUCGUUACUUCCACUGCUAUAAGCGAGGUGUAGAUCGCGUGUUUGUUGAUCACCCCAUUUUUCUUGAGAAGGUGUGGGGAAAAACUGGGGGGAAGUUGUAUGGUCCCCAAGCUGGAACAGAUUAUCAAAACAACCAACUACGAUUCAGCUUACUAUGCCUGGCUGCUCUGGAAGCCCCAAGGGUUCUGAACCUCAACAACAGUAAAUACUUCUCUGGGCCUUAUGGGGAAGAUCUUGUGUUUGUCGCUAAUGAUUGGCACACUGCACUAGUUCCGUGCUACUUGAAAGCGAAUUACCAAUCGAAAGGAAUAUACAAAAAUGCGAGAGUCGUAUUCUGCAUACACAACAUAGCUUACCAAGGCAGAUUCGCUUUUUCAGAUUUCUCACUCCUUGGCCUACCAGAUCAAUUCAAGAGCUCUUUUGAUUUCAUGGAUGGGUAUGAUAAGCCCUUGAAAGGAAGGAAGAUAAAUUGGAUGAAAGCAGGCAUUCUAGAAGCCGAUAGGGUCGUGACUGUCAGCCCAAACUAUGCAGCUGAGGUGGUCUCCGGCAAAGCCAAAGGAGUAGAGCUUGAUCCCAUUCUUCGAAAGACUGGCAUUACUGGAAUUGUUAAUGGAAUGGAUGUCCAAGAGUGGAAUCCUGCGACUGACAAAUACAUUGAUGUCAAAUAUACCAUAGAAACAGUCUUGGAAGCUAAGGCUUUCCUAAAGGAAGCAUUGCAAGCUGAAGUGGGAUUGCCUGUGGAUCGUACUGUGCCACUUAUAGGAUUCAUUGGGCGUCUGGAAGAGCAGAAAGGUUCUGAUAUUCUUGCAGCUGCUGUUCCUGGAUUUAUUGAAGAGAACGUUCAACUUGUUGUUCUGGGCACAGGCAAGAAAGCUAUGGAACAACAGCUUGGUGAAUUGGAGGUUAAGUAUCCAGACAAGGCCAGAGGAGUGGCUAAGUUCAAUGUUCCACUUGCCCAUAUGAUAACAGCUGGAGCUGAUUUCAUGUUGGUUCCUAGUAGAUUUGAGCCUUGUGGUCUUAUUCAGCUCCAUGCCAUGCGAUAUGGAACGGUUUCUAUCGUGGCCUCAACUGGAGGGUUGGUGGACACUGUAAAGGAAGGUUACACAGGAUUUCAGAUGGGAACCUUCAGCAUUGAUUGCGAUGAGGUAGAUCCUGCAGACGUGACUGCAGUUAUCACAACAGUGAAGAGGGCUCUAAAGGUGUAUGGUACAGCUGCUUUCUCAGAAAUGAUAAGGAAUUGUAUGGCCCAAGAUCUCUCCUGGAAGGAACCUGCAAAGAAGUGGGAGGGAGUUUUGCUGAGCCUAGAAGUUGCAGGGAGCGAACCCGGCAUUGAUGGGGAAGAGAUAUCUCCUUCAGCAAAGGAGAACGUUGCCACUCCUUAAAUUCUACUCUCUCCUUCCUAUUUUCCCUAUCUUCAUUUCUAACAUGCUUAACAACUGACGUCCUCUUCGGCUCCGUGUAUUCCUGAUGCGUUUCUAACCCAUGUUUCCCCAAGUCGUUGCCUUCUGGUUAAGUUAUGAUGAUAGUAAGAAAGGCUUGCCUUGGAUCAUCUUCCAUGGCAUCAUGCAUGUACUUAUACAUGGGAGGCUGCACGUUAUAGGAUAUGUACAAUAAAUAAAUGGCAGCAGUUUAACCUUUCUUCUGAAUGGAAGCAAGCAAAUGUUCUGUAACCAGGCAUGGAAUGCUUGGAAAUGUGUACGUUCAAUGACUUCCCUCAUAUUUGUUUUCCCA